AUGAGCCCGUCUGCAAAAUUACAAAUAAUUCGACGCGGUUCGAGUAUGACAGCCAUUGAUCUUAAUGCAGCCGGGGAAUUUCGAAUUUGUUUGUAUAAAACGCCAGGUGUGAAUGCACUAUUUGCUGCGCAAUAUAUUUAUGAAAGUUUAAAUUUACCAAUAGGAGCAAAACAAGGACAAAUUUGCGUGGCUGUUAUUGGUAGUGGUUCGAUUGGUAGUAGAGGUGUUCAAAAACUGAUACAAGAAAAACAUAAAGUGGUUGUUUAUAGCCCUGCCCUAGCUGUAGCUGAUGAUAAUACACGCGGAAUAAUAGCUCGCAAAAAAGGUAUACGGAAUGAACAAAACGUUUCGUUUGCUAAUUCACCCGAACAAGCUGUGCGUCAAGAACAUGUUCUUUAUGUCGUUAUUGCAAUUGAUGCAUGA